GUCCGGACGUCCCGCGAGUGCACCGACCGUCAACCGACUCGCUCCACUCGCAUCAUCACCGACGUUGCUUCAGGGCCAGCGCUCAGGCUCCGCCCACCAGCACAGAGGUCAAGAACUUGGAAGUGAGUCCUCGAUAUAAUGUUUCAUUUGCGACUCGGGAUGUAUUUAAUUGCUGAGUGGAUCAACACGCCUCACAAUGCCAGCUGACACCUACGGAAUGCGCACGCACAUCGACCUUCGAUGUUAGUAAGACAUCUCUUGAAAGGAACUAUUCUGAAUGAAACUGCGAAUCUGCGCUCCACUGCAGCAUGAAUACUGGAUAAACCUCGCACAGGUAAAGGUGGUCUCUGGCUCAGAAGUGUAUGUAAUAUAUAACAUUUGCCUAAUUAUCGGCAUAUAUCUUCGUUGGAAAAAUCAGUGCAGAUACCCUGGACCUAGUUCUUGUCCGACUUUGUUUUUGGUGAAUGAUUGAGAGUUUUUGCUAAUGAAGCCGUGUAUAAAUGGUAGUGAUAUGCUCAUUGGCGACGUGACCCGCAAAACCCCACGCGAACAGCCCUUGUAUAGAGGAGCACAUUUGCAGAGUUUUUCAGACUACAGAUUCAACCCCAAAAGUCUGUGGAGUUGAGUGCCAAAACUACAGCCUCAAGCUGAGCCUGCAUUCAAAUGCCGAUCUCAGUGGGUCGGGGAGAGAAAUUGAUGAAGCCGUCUUGCGAAUAUCUUUACACAUUUCAAACCAGUCUGUGCACUCCCAGCAAACCGUACCACAACUUUGAAUAGUCAGCAGUUUGACGUGGAACACUGACCUGUUUAUAACGGCGGUGGUGCGACAUACCGAGGAUCAGAGGCCGGGACGAACGGACGGACUGUACUGACAGACGGCCCUGGAGCCAGACAAGGUGGCCUCCAGGAUGCUCCUUCGACGGUCCACCUGCAGACGGUGUAAGAAACUGCUCCUGCUAGUCAUGAUUGGCAUGACGGUGUGUCUGGGCUUCGUCUUGCAUGUCUCUCCGGAGAGCAUCCACCUGGACCAGCUGCAGCAGGCCUACGAGGAGUUCUCCCUGACGGGUGGUGCCUGGAGGGGCCAGGAUCAAAGUGAACGAUCAGACAACCAGGACGAUGAACCCGAAAACGAUUCGGCCAAAGCGAGGUUGGACGCCAUCUUGAGUCACAAAUGGUCCUUUAAUAAGGAGGCCGCAGAAGAAGCCAGAAAAGACAUGAAACAGUACUUCAAUCCUUUUGAUGUCAUCACCAUGACAUCGGAUGACGUGGCUACUGGGCGGCUGAGGCGCUUCUACCUGUCCAAGAAGCUGAACGUCAACGUCGUGCCGCCGGGCCUACACCGACUCCUACCCAAGCGAUUGCUGUUCCGCAACCAGCACUACAGGAAAUGCUCCCUGGUCGGCAACAGCGGCGUGCUACGGAACAGCAGCUGCGGCCGUCAGAUAGACUCGUCCAAUUUCGUCGUCAGGUGCAAUUUCGCCACGCUCAAAGGCUACGAGAAGGACGUAGGCACCCGCACGGACGUCGUGACCUUUAACCCCAGCAUCAUAGAGAAAUACCACAAACUGUCCACCAAGGCAGACAUGGCAAGAUUCGAGAGUGACCUGCGGAAGUACCACGAGAAAUACGUCUUGUGGGUACCAGUCUUUAAUCGUCCCUACGUCACGGUUGCCUUGAGAACUUUGUUGGAUUUUUUCGACAAGCAUCUGGGGAGUAGCAAGAACAUUCAGCUUGCGUUUCCAGGAAAUGUACUUCCGGAUAUAUCAGAUUACUGGGCAUCAAAGGGCAUCGACGAGGAGCGAAUCAGCACUGGCCUGCUGAUGUACAACAUGGCCAGCGCCCUCUGCGACGAGAUUCACAUGUACGGGUUCUACCCCUUCCCAGACUUCAAGGGGAGGCCUAUUCCCUACCACUACGACCACCCACUCGAUCGUGUGGGGAGAAAGUUCGACUACGGUUACCGGCGAUUCCACGCGCUCCCCGACGAGUUCGUGUACCUAAAGAAACUCCACAGGGCCGGGGUCGUGCAGCUGCACCUAGGGGAAUGUCCCAAUGCAUAUUCAUGAGAACUGCUCUAACGUCAUCCACACUGAAAGUGUGUAUGGGUGAUUUCUGAAGCACCAAAUUGUUGAUGGAUACUUGGUACCUGGUUGAAAUCUGCACUUCUAUGAGGGCAAUUGACUAACCCUUAUUAUUUAGAACAGCGUUUAACGCCUCUGUCCACCUAGGGAAAGAGCUCAGAAAGAAUGGGAAGACUUUUCCCACAUAGAAUUUUCCAAAUCGCUGUGCCUUUCACCCAAAGUGCGUUCGUUGCUUUUACGUAUUGGCUUCAGAGAUCGUGAUUACAGGAACAAACAAAACUAGUUUGUUGGUGAACAACUUGUUAUUAGUAAUCUGAAAUCAUUUAUUGUAUUAAAAUAGCGAAGAAUUUAAACGGGACAAUACUAUUCCAUCGCUUUUCCCAACUAAAAGUUGUUUCCCAAUUUUAAAAUAGAGCUUACACUUGUCUUGCUAAUUUUCACUCGUGCAAUAGAUAGUUGUAAGGCGCUUUAAACUGAAUACCGUUGAACGCAGUGAGGUGAAAUGAGCUGGCUCAACCUUCAUCGUGCUGCGUAUUUCUGAAAUUUCUCCGCAAUUAAUUCCAGUUAAUGCCAAUUCUAAGAAAUGCUUAUUUUGUUUUAGAUUGUUCUAUCACAAUGGUUUCUCUCUGUAACUCUAAUCUGACUACAUGGAGAAAAAUUGUAGAUUUUUUUUCAGCGCGUGGACAUUCUUAGUGACAUUGUUGGGGACCAGUCACAAAUGUGACUUUUCGUGCUGUUUUGGCAGGUAACCGGAGCAUGUUUUGAUUUGUGUUCGAAGUACAUAUACACACAGCAGUUCUAUGCAAAAAAAACCCCCAAAACAACCAAAAAAAUUAUGAAAAGGAACAGUGCCGAUGUGCACAGAUCGCACAUACAGUUGACGUGAAAUUGACUUAACAUAUCCAGUGUUCAGCAUUUUGCAUCGUUUGCAUGGUUAACGACCCCGCAAUUGUGUUGUUAAUCUGCUUUGGGUAAUUUUCAAAUGUACUUAGGCAUUCGUAGAAUGUCAUGUCCCUGGUUUACUUUGCAAAAGGGCGCCAUGUUCAGCAAAGUUGACGUGUGGAAGCGUGUGUUUUUAUCACACAACUGUCUGGGCAUACACCAUGUACUUCCCUGUGGGAUACGGUUCUUGAGAGGAGACUAGUAAGUUUUCAUGCAUUAUGGAAGCUUUCCCUUUUGAAAUGUCGGCCUUUGAAGAAAAAAAAGAUCCUCCAGAGCCACGAUUACAUCCUUUAUUCAAGUCGGGUGCCCCCAGCGUGUUGUGUAAAAAGUAAUAUUGCUUCCGGGAAUUUGAGCCUAGAGGUGUUCCGGGUCAAGGGGUUGUAGAAAAUGUGUCAAGCUAUCAACAGGAGAGAGCAUAAUGCUGACCGAAAAAGAUAUGGACAGAUUGAGGUAUGCAUUGCCCACUCUUCUUACGAAUGUUAUCACAUCCGGGGUCAAGCAUGCCAAACACUCCAUACGGAUUAUGUUUUGGAACAAAAACAACCCUUUGAGUGAAAUACAAACUUGUUCCAAAGGGACCGUAAUCGUAAAUGAAAAUGAGCAUUUUGUUCUGCAUGUAUUUACUUUCAGUUAAACGCACAAAGUAAAUUUCAGAAAUGUUUAGUAAGCAAGUAAUCAGUACUUGAAAGGUGACCACUUGUCAGGUUUGAGUCACGGCAGGAAUAAAAUUCCUAUUGUAGCCUUUUGGAGUCGCUUUUUAACUGUAACCAACUAAAACGAAAAGUCAUUCAAAUGCUUUAAAUACGAAUGUCACCUGAUAGGCUUAUAAAGGAAUCAUUCAACUUCUGAAUACUGCAAUGCUUGACUAUUGACCAAAGUAAAUCAACUCAGGCUGCAUGCACAUUAAGAGCUCCCUGUUACACAGAUACCCUCAGGGUUGCCAAUUCACACAAUAAGGGCCUACGUAUACCCAGAAUUGUGUUCAGCACCGCAGCUAGGUGCUCUCUCACGUUCAUUUCGGCCCAGCAACAUCCCCCGGUUUUUUGCAUUAUAUUAACGAAUGUCACUAUAUCUAAUGUACCAUAAAGUGUAACAGUUCUCAUGGGAAUGAAUACUGUAUACACUAAUGCCAAACUUACAACCUGUGUUUUUCUCUAUACAGUCCUGUCUAGUGUUAGAUUUCCGAAAUAAGAAACAAAAAUGUACGACCCCAACCAGUUCAGCAUAACUUCCAACAGUGACUCUCUUUCAGAUGAAGCUAAUGUGUUCAAUUCCUUGCGAAAGAGAAAUACUUUAAUUUGCAGAAUUCCAAAAAUUUCGCACAUUUUUACAUGGUGUCACUUAUCCCGUCAUAAAAAUUAGUCGUCAAUCUGACAGUGAUAAAUGAUUGUCUCACCUGCGUUUUCCAAAGUCCAGGGCGAAUUCACUUUCCUAACGUCAGUUAACAACCUCUAGGCCUACAAUGGGGUGCGGUACUGUUAUCUAAAAACUGGCGUUUCCCAAGGCACUAUGGUUAAGGAUUCAAUCCUUCCUGGAUCGUAAGAGAUUUAACUAAAAGCCAGAACUCAACAUUCUUUAGGCGACCCCGAACAAAGCACAGAUUCAAACCAUUUGAACAACCGUUAAAAAGAACAAGGCCCUUCGGGUCGCAUGUUGUAAACGGCUUUGCGUGGAUUUGGAAACAAUGGUUGGAAUCUUUCUGAACAAUAUAAAACGAGAAAAGCGGAAUUUGACAAAACCUAAUCUGACAAAAUCGUAUACUUUCAAACUAGUACGCCUAUAUGUCUCUGUCUAGACAAGAAAAUGUGUCCGAAGUGCGAACUAUAAUUGAAAGAGGUUUCAGAGAUUUAGUUGACAAUAACGAGGACCUCUUUGUUUGCCCUGCCACUUGCAAUAACCAAUUCUGACUUCUGUAAGUUUCAAAAUAAAUUUUCCUGUAAUCACACAGUCGAUGCGUUUCUGAAAAAAAUGCAAAUAAGCUUACAAACAACUUAGUUUAAGGGUAGCUGCAAUCAAUAAAAAAAACCCCCUCCAAAUU